AAAGAGGAGCCGGAAGUGGAACCAGCACUUCCGGCACAGGAAACUCGCUGCUGCCCCAACCUGACUUGACAGGCGCGGUCCCUGCAAGUAGUUCUUAGCCCCUUCUCCUUCUUCCUGCCUCACUUUCCAACUCGUUUGCCGUCGCCGUCCCGCAGCUGCUGCCUCCGGAGUUGCCCCUUCCCCAUGUGCCGGGGCAGGAGUCCGCAAAACGAAGACCCGCCCGCCGGUUCACCAUCAUGUCCGAACUGACUAAAGAGCUGAUGGAGCUGGUGUGGGGCACCAAGAGCAGCCCCAGUCUCUCGGACACCAUAUUCUGCCGCUGGACGCAAGGGUUUGUGUUUAGUGAAUCAGAGGGAUCUGCAUUAGAACAGUUUGAAGGUGGCCCCUGUGCUGUUAUUGCACCUGUUCAGGCAUUUCUUUUGAAGAAGCUCCUGUUUUCUUCUGAGAAGUCUUCUUGGCGGGAUUGUUCAGAGGAAGAGCAGAAGGAGCUCCUUUGUCAUACCUUAUGUGAUAUUUUAGAAAGUGCUUGUUGUGACCACUCUGGACCAUACUGCUUGGUUUCAUGGUUAAGAGGAAAGACAACUGAAGAAACUGCUAGUAUUUCUGGGAGUCCUGCAGAGUCUAGUUGCCAAGUGGAACAUUCUUCUGCCUUGGCUGUCGAAGAGCUUGGCUUUGAGCGAUUUCAUGCAUUAAUUCAGAAAAGAUCAUUCAGAAGUUUACCAGAAUUAAAAGAUGCUGUCUUGGACCAGUAUUCAAUGUGGGGAAAUAAAUUUGGAGUAUUGCUUUUUCUGUAUUCUGUGUUACUGACAAAGGGCAUUGAAAACAUAAAAAAUGAAAUUGAAGAUGCAAGUGAACCCUUGAUAGAUCCUGUAUAUGGACAUGGCAGCCAAAGUUUAAUUAAUCUCCUCCUGACGGGACAUGCUGUUUCUAAUGUAUGGGAUGGUGAUCGAGAAUGCUCAGGAAUGAAUGCUUGGAAGAAUGGCAUUAAGGAAGUCAUUGUGCUUGUGGUUGGUUCUUACUUGAAAUCUCCAAAAUUCCCUAUUUGGAUUGUUGGCAGUGAAACUCACCUCACCGUAUUUUUUGCCAAGGAUAUGGCUUUAGUUGCCCCUGAAACUCCUUCAGAACAAGCCAGAAGAGUUUUUCAAACCUAUGACCCAGAAGAUAAUGGAUUCAUACCCGAUUCACUUCUGGAAGAUGUGAUGAAAGCACUGGACCUUGUUUCAGAUCCUGAAUACAUAAAUCUCAUGAAGAAUAAAUUAGAUCCAGAAGGCUUAGGAAUCAUACUGUUGGGCCCAUUUCUUCAAGAAUUCUUUCCUGAUCAGGGCUCCAGUGGUCCGGAAUCUUUUACUGUCUACCACUACAAUGGAUUGAAGCAGUCAAACUAUAAUGAAAAGGUUAUGUACGUAGAAGGGACGGCAGUUGUAAUGGGUUUUGAAGAUCCCAUGCUGCAGACAGAUGAUACUCCUAUUAAACGCUGUCUCCAAACCAAAUGGCCAUACAUUGAGUUACUCUGGACCACAGAUCGCUCUCCUUCACUAAAUUAAUUUGCUUAAGUAUUUAUAAGGAAGAUCUUAAUAACAGAUGUUGAAAGAGGGAGUCAAGACUGGCAAUUGGCUGAAUUAAGCUAAACACUGGUAUCAUUGGUUAACUGUAAAUAACAAUUAAAAACACAUUUUUAGUGUUUCAGAUAUGUUUAAAUUAUGUGCCCUAAAGCUUUAUGUUAAAGAUUGUCCUAUUUUAACCCUUGGUAUGAAAUCUACUAGCAAAAUUAAGCUUUAAUCAAAAAGUUCAUCACUUUUGCAGUCAGAUAUACGGUCAUUUACUUACCAAAUUACAAAUGCAAUAAUAUAGCAUUUGUAUAUUGAGUAUCAGAGUUACUAUUUAUAAACUACUUUUAUUUCAUUGAGGCACAUUUUAUUGUUUGAAUGAUUCCGGCUUGUAAUAUAUCAGCCUCUACAUUGAAAUGCAGAAGAGUUCACUUUUCUAAUAUCUGUUUUUCAUUGGAAAUAUUGACAAAUAACAAAUUGUCAGCCUGGAUCUUUUGACAAUUGACUUAACUCUGGUAUGUUCACAAAAAAAUAGAAACUCUAAGAGACCAUUACCAUUUAUUCACAGAUGUAUAGGGGUGUAUUCUAAAAACUGAUAGAAAAGAGAAUGUCUGAUAGUCAACACUGUUAACUUUUACUGUAUAAUUGCCAAAUACACCUUUCCAAAUUUGCCCUAACAGCCCCAUAAGCCAGCUUUCUUGUAUAUUUAUAACCACGAUAAAUGCAUGAGAACAUCUGUUAUUACAUCAGUAUACUGCAUUAUUUAUUAUGAUCCUAGUCGAUGGCCUAAAUAAACGCCUUUUUCUUUAACUGUA